AUGCCGGACUACUCCGAUGGUGGCGGCGGCGGCGACGACUCGUCCUCCAGGUUCACAGCCUCGGAGGCGACGCCGCUGCUCCGGUCUGAGAACACAUCGCAGACGAGCCGGAGCAGCUCGUCGUCCCGGACUGACGCGCCGCGACAGGAUGGAGUAUCCGAUUUGGACGAGCCAAACCUGAAGGUCAGCCGCAGGCGGGCCAUCGCCAUCAUGAUAAGCGUCUACAUCUUGAUCUUCCUGCAGGCAUCCAACAUGUCAGGCAUGACGAUGGCACAAUCUACCAUCGCCGCCGACCUGGAUGCUUACGAGGAAGCCAUCUGGUUCACAGCCGCGUACCUGAUCGCCAUGGCGUCGUUCGGCCCGCUGGCCGGCCGCCUGGCCGCCAUCUUCUCACCGCGCACCAUCAUCCUCGUGACGUCGUGCUUCUUCGUCGUCGGGGGCCUGGUUACGGCGCGGGCCUACUCGCUGCCCGUCUUCAUCCUCGGCCGCGUCAUGACCGGCAUUGGUGGCGCCGGCAUCUUCGUCCUCGCCAUGAUUCUUGUGCUGGAGCUGACGUCGAAGCGCAAGCGAGGCCUGUUCGUUGGGCUCGUCAACUCGGGCUUCACCACGGGCGUGUCGUUGGGCGCGGUCGUUUUUGGUGCCCUAAUCCCCGUUACCGGUUGGAGGUUUCUGUUCUGGAUUCAAUCUCCCCUAGGGGCAUUGGCAGGACUCGGGGUCUACUUUAGCCUACCCAAGAACUUUAACGCAGAGAAGGGCGGUAAGGCCUCUUCCACAUUUGAGAAGGUUAAGCAAAUUGAUUACUUGGGUGCUUUCUUGCUGACCGGCACCCUUGUACUCUUCCUUUACGGCCUAUCUGGGUCCAUUCAGCUUACUCCCAUCCUCGUGUCUCUGGGGACGCUGAUUUGCUUUGUGCUCGUCGAGUAUUUUGUUGCGUCAGACCCAAUUAUUCCCAUCGCUGUUCUCCAAAGCCGUGGCGCACUACUCUCCUGUUUCUCUCAGCUCGGCUUUAUGGCUGCCCGCUGGACAGUUUUGUUUUAUGCACCUAUCACGGCACUGGCCGUCUUUGGAUUCUCCCCCGGAGCAAGUGGUAGCAUGCUGGUACCUACGAAUCUGGGCUUUGGCAUUGGCGGAUUACUGGUGGGCUGGCUGCACGUCAAACGCACGGGGAGUUUCUGGAGCGCGUGCCUGGUCUCCAUCGUGCUCUUUGGCCUGUCGCUCCUCGUACUUUCUUUCAUAUCAAGCCCUGCUGUCCCCACGUGGGUCUAUGUCGGCGUUGUCUUCGUCAAUGGCCUAUUUACUGGUGCCGCGCUCAACUACACGUUGGCGCAUAUGUUGCAUCUUACGCCUGCGAGCACGCAUUAUGUUUCCACCAGCCUGCUGGGCACGUUCCGAGGCUUUGCUGGCAGCUUCGGCAGCGCAAUUGGGGGCGGCAUCUUUUCUCGCACCCUAAGACACGGGCUUGAGAAGGGAUUCAAGACCGUAGACAACACCGGCCGCCUUUCUGCUGAACGGCGGGAGCUCAUCAAGAAGCUCAUUGGUAGUCCGGCCCUAGUUUAUAAUGGGGGCCUUGGCGACGUUGACCAGCAGGUGGCAGUGCAGGGCUAUGUCAGUGGAUUGAAAGUUCUUUUCCAGGCUGCUGUGGUUCUGGUAGUCAUUGUACUAGUCAUCCAGGCUGCUACUGGCUGGAAUGGCCCUCAGAACCUGAAGGAGGACCCGGAGGAGGUAAGAGAGGCCGCUGAGGAACACGAUCCAGAGUUCGAGACUUAG